CGCUUUUUGAAUUGGUGUCGGUGGCCGCUCAUGGCGGAGAUCGUCUGUGUGGUGCUGAAGAGAGAAACUUGAGAAUUAAUCAUGUCUGACAACAGCACACUGAUGUCUGAAACCGGGAGGAGUCUCUUGGCUGAUUCUUCCGUUCUAGAUUCAAAAAUUAUAGAGAAUUCAAAAGAGAAUAUAUUUCCUGCACCUAUUUCAGAUGUUGAAGAAGAAAUGCCUCAGAUAGAAACAAGAGUGGUCCUGGUUCAGGAAGCAGGGAAGCGUGAAGAGCUUCUGAAAGCCUUGGAGACCAUUAAGAUAAUGGAAGUUCCAGUUAUAAAGAUAAAGGAAACUAGUCCUGGUAAAUCAGAAGAAAAACUAAUAAAAAGUAUUAUUCAUAUGGAAAUCAAAAUGCCCUACAUGAAGAUGGACUCAAUAGAAGAACUUGGAGAUUCUGAUUCCCCAGAAUUUGAGACGGUGUUUGUUGUAGCAGACUUCCAAGAUUCUAUGUUUAACAACCUCUACAAAGCAGAUUGCCGGGUUGUUGGACCUCCAGUAGUACUGCACUGUGCACAGAAAGGAGAGCCUUUACCUUUCUCAUGUCGUCCACUGUACUGUGCGAGUAUGUUGAACUUGGUACUGUGCUUUACGGGAUUCAGAAAAAAAGACGAAUUAAUUAAACUAGUGACCUUGGUUCAUCAUAUGGGUGGAAUUAUUCGAAGAGACUUUAGCUCAAAGGUUACACAUCUGGUGGCUAACACAACGUCAGGAGACAAAUUCAGAAUUGCUGUGAGUCUGGGUACUCCAAUCAUGAAAGCUGAGUGGAUUUAUAAAGCUUGGGAGAAAAGAAAUGAAAUUGAUUUCUGUGCAGCUGAUGAUGACUUUCGAAAUCAAUUCAAGGUUCCUCCUUUUCAGGACUGCAUGUUAAGUUUCCUUGGAUUCUCUGAUGAAGAGAAAGCUAACAUGGAGGAAAUGACAGAAAUGCAAGGAGGACAUCACUUGCCAGUUGGUGAUGACAGGUGCACACACCUAGUGGUUGAAGAAAAUACAGUAAAAGACCUUCCAUUUGAGCCUUUAAAAAGUCUUUAUGUUGUAAAGCAAGAGUGGUUCUGGGGAAGCAUUCAAAUGGAUGCCAGAGCUGGAGAGUCCAUGUAUUUAUUUGAAAAGUCAGAGAGUCCAGGCCUUAAAAAGUCUGUGUCGCUACUUUCUCUGAAUACUCCAAACAGCAACCGUAAAAGAAGGCGCUUGAAAGAGACACUUGCCCAGCUGACCAGAGAAACUGAUAUGUCACCGUUCCCGCCUCGGAAACGGCCCUCAGCUGAACAUUCGCUCUCUAUUGGGUCCUUGCUGGAUAUUUCUAACACUCCAGAGUCAAGCACUACCAAUGGAGAAACACCAAAAUCCUGCGCAAGGCCUUCUAAAAACUCAACACCUCUGCCAUUGAAGCAGUCUGCAAGAUGGCAGGUUGCGAAGGAAUUGUAUCAGACAGAAAGUAACUACGUUGAUAUUCUAACAACAAUCAUUGAGUUGUUUCAAGUACCGCUGGAAAAGGAAGGACAACUUGGAGGACCAAUCCUUGCACAGGAAGAGAUCAAGACCAUAUUUGGCAGCAUACCAGAUAUUCUUGAUGUGCAUAUUAAAAUCAAGGAAGACCUGGAAGAUCUUAUGAUAAAUUGGACUGAAAGCAGAAGUAUUGGUGAUAUCAUUCUUAAAUAUUCAAAAGACUUGUUGAAAACAUACCCUCCAUUUGUGAAUUUCUUUGAAAUGAGCAAGGAAACUAUUACAAGAUGUGAAAAACAGAAGCCAAGAUUUCAUGCCUUCUUAAAGAUAAAUCAAGCUAAGCCAGAAUGUGGCCGUCAAAGCUUAGCUGAACUCCUUAUCCGUCCUGUUCAGAGACUGCCUAGUGUUGCUCUGCUUCUAAAUGAUCUUAAGAAGCAUACAGCAGAAGAAAACCCAGACAAAGUAACUCUAGAGAGAGCUAUUGAAUCAUUAAAGGAAGUGAUGACACACAUUAAUGAAGACAAAAGGAAAACAGAAGCACAAAGGCAGAUCUUUGAUGUUGUCUAUGAAGUUGAUGGAUGUCCAGCCAAUCUCCUGUCCUCUCACCGAAGCUUAGUUCAGCGUUUGGAAACGGUUGCACUUGGCGAUGACCUCUGUGACAAGGGAGAGCAGGUCACACUCUUCCUGUUUAAUGAUUGUCUAGAGGUUGCAAGGAAACGGCAUAAAGUUAUUGGUGCUUUCAAGAGUCCCCAUGGUCACACCAGGCCUCCUGCAUGUCUCAAGCAUGUUGUUCUCAUGCCUCUCUCCCAGAUCAAGAAGGUGCUAGACAUCAGGGAAACAGAAGAUUGCCACAAAGCUUUCGCCUUAGUUGUGCGGCCACCUACAGAGCAGAACAACAAACUACUCAGUUUCCAGAUGACAACUGAAGAACCUCCUAAAGAAGACUGGUUGAAGAUGCUGUGUCGGCAUGUGGCUAACACAAUUUGUAAAACAGAUGCAGAAAAUCUCAUUUAUACGGUUGAUCCUGAUUCAAUUGAAGUAAAUACUAAAGAUAUGGACAGUACACUAAGCAGAGCAUCCAGAGCAAUAAAGAAAACAUCAAAAAAGGUUACAAGGGCAUUUUCUUUCACCAAAACACCAAAAAGGGCUCUUCGAAGGGCUUUAAUGACACACAGCACCAUAGAAGGACGAAGCCCCUGCUCAACUAAUGAGAGUUUUAUAGGCAGUCGCCUGCCUAGUACAUCGUCCCUAGCGGCUGUUCCUUCUCCUUCCUUGGUCAGCCUUCCUUCCAUCUUUGAAAAAAGGAGUCACACAUUAAGCCGAUCAACAACCCACUUGAUAUGACACAGUUUCUAAAAUACAAUGUCAUAUUGUAGUGACCAACAAGCAGCUGGCUGUUCGAAUGACCUGUUACUGACAUUAAUGGUACCUUAGUCAUUAGCACUUAGCAAUAAUUAGCAAAAUGUUAGUUAACACUAAGUUAAUCACAAGAGGUUUUUACUUGUAUUGAAGCAGAUCAGCUAAUCAGUGGAACAGGCAACUUUGUCUUUAAGACAUUUGCACAAAUCUUUUUCUCUCACCAGCAUAACGGAAGCGUCCUCUUUCAUUAAAAAAUGUCCCCUCUAGGCAAUGAACUAGUUUGUCAGAUUUUGCAAUGAAGAUGAUGAUCGUGUAACACACCACUGUUUCGGAUGACUCUUAUAUUUGCCUCACUUCAUCAGUUGGCUGAGUGAUCUAAACCAACACCUGAGCUGUUGAUGUCUUCAGUGGAGAUGUGUUAUGAAGUACCUGACCUUUUAAGUAUGACAGUUGACCUGUUGUACAGCUGCUUAUUCCAGAUAUUUUGUAAAUGUAGCUGUUUAUAAAGAAAUAGAUUCUUAUUUUACUGACUCCAUAAUGGUCUUCUGCAGUCUCACUGUAACACGGUGGUAAGUUAUGUAGGUUGAUCUGAACAGUCAAUUUAAAGCCAGGACUCACUUUGAGCACCCAAAGUGAUUCAGGACAAUUCAGUGGAAGUCUGAGGAAAAGUAAUAAUGCUCUGUGUGUGUUUGUGUGUCUGUUCUGUUUUGUUUUUGUCCCCACUCUCUAAACAGCCAUAAUUAAGAGAAGCUUCCAAAUACUUAGCUAACAAUUUGUUGUUUAACACCAGAGAUGAUGGUUGGUGACGGUGGAGGUGAAACUCGAGGGCCUGGUUUUGGUGUGCUAAACCUUAGGUGCAGCACUACUAAGGCUUUCCCCAAGUUGCUUAGAUAGGAGUGUCUUCAUUCACACCAGUCUGUUUUUUUCCAUCUCCUCUCAACUGCUCUGUACCAACACCAUCUCGGGAACCAUCUAAAUAUGUAUAUUUCUGCAUUUCAUUAACAGUUUAACUGUCUGCUUGUAUUAGGAGUUCUCAACUUCUGUUUCUUUUUUUCUGAAUCUUUUUAAACCACCACAAUGUUGUCUAUGUAAUUAGUGAUGCUUCCCACUGUGUCAUAUUUUGUCUGUUCACUGUUUUUAUAUAGCUUUUUUUGCCAAUCCUAUCAAUGUAAAUAAACUGUUUAAAAUAACACUGCUUAUGGUUUUGCUAAACAGAUUUAGAGUCCACUUUUUGAGCAUAAAAUGUGUUGGGCUCUAGCUUACAACUAUAUUCUGGCUAGUCAUCUAGCUAUAGUUCAUAGUAUAUAACCUAGCAGACAAAAUCUUCUACAACUGACCCUUGACCAUCAUUCUUUUUAUAUGUGCAUCAUUCUCUUCCCCUUUGUCUUACAUACCCAAAAAUAUGAAUCCACAGAAUGAGUUUUAUUG